AUGGGGUACAAAAAACUUUUGUCAAGUGUUGAUUUAACCAAAGACUUCUUCUAUAGUUAUACUUAUCCUAUAAUGCAAAGCUUGCAAAAAAAUGUCUUAUCAUCGGGUGAAGAAGGAACGCUGUAUGAUAACAUGUUUGUGUGGAAUGCAUAUUUGACACAAGCUAUUCGAUCGAGAUGCAAUAAUACUAUUUGGACAAUAGCAUUAGUUCAUGGGCAUUUUAAGCAGGUAUCUAUCCUUUUAGGCUAAAUGUUUUUGCACAAAUUGGUCUCAGAGCAAUCAGAGCAUUUUGUUGCACACAGUUAUCUGAAGAGGGGAGUUAAUGAUCGAGGAAGAGUUGCAAAUGAUGUUGAAACCGAGCAGAUUGUCCUUGAUGAAGAAGCUGGUUUGUGCAAGGGGAAAAUGAGCUCUGUUGUGCAGAUGCGUGGAUCAAUACCCCUAUUCUGGUCUCAAGAAGCUUCAAGAUUUAGUCCUAAGCCUGAUAUAAUCUUACAGAGGUAUGAUCCUACAUACCAAGCGACCAAACUGCACUGAGACCUGGCAAAGAGAUAUGGCAACCCAAUCAUUGUGCUUAAUUUGAUUAAGACAGUUGAGAAGAGGCCUCGAGAAAUGAUGCUGAGGCGAGAAUUUGCCAAUGCAGUAGGGUACUUGAAUAACAUUCUUACAGAAGAAAAUCAUCUUAAGUUUAUCCACUGGGACUUCCACAAGUUUGCAAAGAGUAAAUCUGCCAAUGUUUUGGCUGUUUUGGGUGCUGUAGCAAGUGAAGCACUUGAUAUGACUGGUUUUUACUACAGCGGUAAGCCUAUCACUGUUAAGAGGAGAGCCACCCAGAUAAGUCGUACAAGCACAGGAAGGGAUACUUCUCUUCGAGAAAUGAGAGCUAAUUCAGGGGACCUUGCAAGAAUUGGAAGUAGUAAUGAGAGUCUGAAUUCUGUAGCUAACCGAGACAAAGAGGGUGAUUUAAGUCAGCAAGGUAGAAGAGAGAAUAAUGAAGGGAGAAGAGAUAAUAACGAUGGUUAUGGUACAGCACCACGUUUUCAAAGUGGAGUUCUGCGCACAAACUGUAUCGACUGCUUGGACCGUACAAAUGUUGCUCAAUAUGCUUAUGCGGCAGCUCUAGGUCGUCAACUCCAUGCAAUGGGUUUGACGGACAUGCCCAAAGGACCUGACAGUAGCAUUGCUGCAGCUCUUAUGGAUAUGUAUCAGAGCAUGGGGGAUGCUCUUGCACAGCAGUACGGCGGCUCUGCAGCUCAUAACACUGUUUUUCCUGAGAGGCAGGGAAAAUGGAAAGCUACAACACAGUCCAGAGAGUUUCUCAAGUCUAUCAAGCGAUACUACAGCAAUACCUACACUGAUGGUGAAAAGCAAGAUGCAAUAAACUUAUUCUUGGGCUAUUUCCAACCACAAGAAGGGAAACCUGCUCUCUGGGAGUUGGAUUCUGAUUAUUAUCUUCAUGUGUCUGGGAUUGGAGACGAUUUUUUCCCUGAUGAGUGUGUGCAAACUAACACGAAGCCUGUGGAAGGAUUUGGAAUGACUCUUGCCCCUGUUCCAGCUUGUAGAGAAGACUUCUUGCGGAUGAAGUUGACAUCAUUUGAUAAACUAAUAGAGAGGACAUGUAGUUCAAUAAAGAACGUAAGACUCUGCGGUGAGCCAGAUCAAAGACCAGCUGGUCUUGCUGGAAGUACUGGUGUGGCACCUGAUGCAGCCGAAAUACAGCUCAAAAGCCCAAAUUGGCUAUUUGGCCAGAGAAAAUAUGAAGAAAAUGUCUCUGCUCCCAAAGCUGCUACAGGUGAAACAGCAAAUUGCGGAUCUCAUAUUGAGACAGGAUUUGAUGGUUUCUGUAAUUUAGAUAUGCUAUCUUUGGGUGAUAUUCAUGAAGAGGAUAUUUUUCAAAGGUACCUCACGGUAACCUCAGUUGAUGAAGCUAGCGGUUGGUAUGGUGGAACCCUACUUGGCGAUCAAGAUGAAAAUAGCGAGGUGUAUAAGCAUUAUGCUGAAUUGUGUCAGGGCCCAGCCAUGGAACCUUUUCAACAUGAUCCUGAGAGAGAGAAGCAUUACGCUGACGUUCUACGCAUGAAUGCAAUUGAUGUUUUCGAUGAUACGGUCAUUGAAGCAGAGAUGGAAGUUGCUCUUAAGGAGUAUGAUCAAAUUGGUGCCGAUCUUGGGAUCAUCCUAAUGCCAUGUAACUCCUUUGCUGAAGAUCCGAGUUGGUUGACCAGAUGGAUCAUUGGAGAGGAGAGACUGCACAGGGGCUGAAACUGACUCCUCUUCGUGUAUUUCUUCCUGGCUACAAGUAAUAAGGACUCAUAGACAAGUGCGCAUAGACCCACAUUUUGUCUGUUUUCUCUUUCUGCUAAUGUAUAUGAUAGGUUGCGCUGCUGUUUAGGUACCCAUGGAAAUUCACAGUUUGCCAGUAAUGAUAACAUGCUUGUAUAUCGCCUUACAUGAUUAGGGCAAAGGUGUCAAAAGAUUGAAUUAACGGUGGCUUGUGUUUUUGGAGCUAAACCACUCUCUUGUGAAGUUGGAAGUAAACAACUAAAAUUUGAUUAA